CUGUGUGAGAUACACUGGCAUUGCCACACCUGUGGCAUACCAGUCUCCUGCAGGCAGAUAGAGCAGCAGCUUCUCUAUCCUUGCCGUUAUCAUGCUUCUGAACAAAUGCAGCAGCACUCGAGAGCCAAUGGAAACCUCGGCUUGGGUACUGACAUCACUGGAUUCCAGGACAGAUAAAAAUUGCAAUGGAAAGAAGUGUCUUUUGUCUAUGCUCUUCAUCAACGCUGUGUUUAUCAUUGUCUUCUUCUGGUAUGAAAACAAACCCAUCAGGUGGCAUUAUGAAUCUCGGCUUCGCUGUAGACAAGAACCCAGAAAUACAACAGAAGACAUCUCACCACUGAACCUUUCAACUGAAGUGGCAAUUGGAAGGAUGUUGUAUGACAAGCCACAGAUCUUUAAACCACCGAGGUCAGAUGUCUUGAUGGUAACACCCUGGCUUGCCCCAAUCAUAUGGAAUGGCAGUUAUAACAUAGAUAUUCUGAAUGCACAGUUCCAUCAGAGAAAUGUCCGUGUUGGCAUUACUGUUUUUGCUAUGAAAAAGUAUACAGUCUUCAUCAAAACCUUCAUUGAAACUGCUGAACAGUUCUUCAUGGUGGGGCAUAAAGUCAACUAUUAUGUGUUUACAGACCGUGCUGAUGACAUUUCCAAUUUUACGCUCCCUGAGGGGAGGCAAUUGGUCAUCUUGGAAGUUCCCAGUUAUAAACAAUGGCAGGAAGUGUCCAUGAGGCGUAUGGAGAUGAUCCGUGAUAAAGCAAAUCAACGUUUCUACAAAGAAGUGGAUUAUUUGGUUUGUGUGGAUGUAGACAUGAGGUUCAGUGACUUUGUUGGGGUGGAAAUAUUAAGUGAUGUAUUUGGCACGAUACAUCCUGGUUUUUACAAUGCACAACGUGGCAGUUUCACUUAUGAGCGAAGACAGAAGUCAACAGCUUACAUUCCUACAGAUGAGGGGGACUUUUAUUAUGCAGGAGGGUAUUUUGGCGGUACGGUGGAAGAAGUCUACAAAUUGACCAAUUUCUGCCAUAAGGCCAUUAUGACUGAUAAGCACAACAGCAUCGAAGCCAUCUGGCAUGAUGAAAGCCACCUGAAUAAGUAUUUUCUUUACCACAAGCCAACCAGGAUCCUGUCCCCAGAAUAUCUGUGGGACAAUAACUUUGGUGUUCCACAGUUCCUCAAGAGAAGACGGUUUGUUGCCGUUCCCAAAAAUCACAAUGAAAUUAGGAACAAAAGGGCAUUGUAGAAAAAUCCUGGAUACCAAAAAGUUGAGACUUUAAAAUUAUUGUAAAAUGAUUGUAUCAAAUUGUGUCUGCAAUCAAAGAAUUCCACGCAUUUAAAAUGGUUAGGUUAAGAAGUAUGUUAAUUCAUACUUACACCUAAACCUGUUGUUACCAUGGUCUACCACUACUUAAAGAGUCAUGGCAAGAGUAUGUUCUUGGAGGAAGGAAUGCUUGCUGUGGGAGCAGUACCCUUUCUUGGUGGGGUAGAACCUUAUGUGAUAUUUUUAUGGGAACCUUACCUUACCUCACUUUGCCCCUUCCGACCCCAAAACUGUUGCUAUGAAAUGUUAUUUUCUUUGUUCAAGAGAAGAACAGUGUUUUUUCUUUGUUUUUGUUUUUUUGCUGAUUUCCGUUAAUUAUAGAAAGGGAUAAUGGCAACAAACUUACAGAAUGUUUUACCUUUUGUGUUGUAAAGAGGCACUGACACAGCAGCAUGCAAACUUUGCUCACUGCUGUCUUCCUGUCCCUCUGAAUUACCCCAUUAGAAGUUUAUGCACAAGACACUUUCUGGAUUUGGUGAGUGUCCCCAUAUUCUUUUUACAAGUUUAGUCUUACUACUGUCUAAAGAGCAAUCUUUGACAUCCAGAAAACAGAGGGGAACAGAGACUAUUAACAAGUCAAAAUACACUUUUAAAUGAGUGACUCUUACAGACUCCUAAGGUGGUGGAAGAUAUCCAAAGAGAACUGCAUCAGUACAGUACCAGAUUAAUAAACAACCCGACUGUGAUGUGGGGAUCCUAUAGGAGGACCACAAAGCAGUUAUCAGAGGUGUUUUUAUUAAAAAUGGCUCGCGGCUCAAACGCCGACGUACAGAGAAGCUUCCAUUCCUCCUCCAAGACAUACAUAAACUAGAGGCCCAACAAAAACAUGCCCCAGCUCAGACAAUUGAACAGAACUUUUUCUCCCUCCGCAAGCAGACCACAGACUUAUUAAGAUUUAGAGCCAAGGCAGCCAUACAAAGGGGCUGAAGACUCAGCUAUGAGUCAGGAGAUCAAUGCUGGAAAAUGCUAGCCCACUCAAAUUGUUACGCCCCACAGGUAAAAGGCAGUGCUACCUAAACAGAUUGCUCAGGGUUUUAGGGACUUCUAUUCCUCCCUAUACAACCUAUCGGAACAAUCCCCAACCCAGAUGCAAAUAGAAAACUACAUUGCCUCCUCUCAACUUCCUCAGCUAUCUCCUGAGAUACGAGAAGAGUUGGACGGACCAAUAACCCUGGAAGAACUUCAGGUCGCUAUCAAUAUCUCCAAGACGGGUAAAGCCCCGGGCCCAGAUGGUUUCUUGCUACCGUACUACAACCAGUUCCUCCCAUUACUAGGUCCCCAUAUGGUGGAAUUGUUCAAUAAAGUGGGUUCUGAAACACACUUUCCUAGAGACACAUUAAAAGCCCCUUUCAUUAUACUAGGAACAGACGCUGAAAAUGCGUUCGACCACGUGAACUGGCAUUUCACGUUUGUGGUCUUACGCCAUAUAGGCCUGGGGGAACAUAUGCUUCACUGGAUCACCAAGAUAUACUCAAACCCGACAGCCCAGGUUAAAGCCAAUGUUAUCUUAUCAGAACCCUUCCCCGUCACAAACAGUACGAGACAGGGCUGUCCAUUGUCCCCGCUACUUUUCGCUCUUUCCCUGGAACCUUUCCUCUGCACGAUUAGACUAAACCCGGUCAUCACUGGGGUCAGGGUAGGAGGUGGCCAACAUUUCUGCUUAUGCUGAUGACCUGCUUUUCUCCCAUACUAACCCAGCAGUAUCGCUUCUCAACCUCAUCCGCAAAUUCGAAAACAAUGGCAGACUGUCCAACCUACGGAUUAACUUCAACAAAUCAGAGGCUAUGUGAAGUAUCAAACAUGCAAUACUAACUAUAUGUAUCUAUUUAUCCUUUACUGUAACUUAUAAUAUAUAUAUAACUAUUGCAUCUGUAUUAAUGUGCUUGAGUCUCUUGUUUGCUACUAUGUAUGACCAGAGUGUAUAUUAGGCAUACGGCUAUAAUGCUAGAUAUAAAGAUUGACACAAUUGCUAGUUA